AUGGAAGCAAAGAGGGAAAUGUCAUAUGAUUCAUUUACCAGCGUCAUGGCACUUAACCAAAAAUGUGAAGAAAAUAUACCCGAAAGGUAUAUUCUUCCUCCUAUGCAGCGACCAGACCCUAGCCUUGUUGAUCACAUUUCUAGCGGCCUCCCCAUCAUUGACCUUUUGAUGCUGAAACACCCUGCACACAAGUCCCAACUUAUCGAUGAAGUACAUGCAGCAUGCAAGAAACUUGGUUUCUUUCAGGUAAUAAAUCACGGAAUUCCUACUUCGGUCAUGAAAGAUGCACUAGACUCUGCUGAAGAGUUCUUUAACUUGCCAAAUGACGAGAAGAUGUGUUUUGCCUCAGCUGAUGUUCACGAGCCUGUAAGAUAUGGCACUAGUGUGAACCAUGGAGUGGAUCGAGUGUUCUAUUGGAGGGACUUCAUCAAACAUUAUGCUAAUCCGCUGUCAGAAUGGACCCAUCUAUGGCCAUCGAAUCCUCCAAGUUACAAGGAAAAGAUGGGAAGCUAUGCAAAGGCAACACAUGUAUUACAUAAGAAGUUAAUGGAAGUAGUUCUUGAAAGCCUGGGCCUGAAUACCAAUUACUUGCAUGAUGACAUAGAAGAAGGCUCACAAGUAAUGGCUGUAAACUACUACCCAUCUUGCCCCAAGCCGGAUCUAGCACUAGGGAUGCCACCACACACAGAUUAUGGUACCCUAACUAUAUUGAAUCAAAGUGAUCAAGGGCUUGAAAUCAUGGAUCAAGACAACAAAUGGCACUCUGUUCCAUUUAUCCAAGGUUCCCUAAUAAUUCAGCUAGGGGAUCAACUUGAAGUAAUGAGCAAUGGAAGAUAUAAAAGUACCCCGCAUAGAGCAGUCGUGAGCUUGCAAAGGAAGAGGCUGUCAAUUGCAAGUCUUCAUAGUUUGCCUUUAGAAAAAAAGGUAGGGCCAGCACCACAACUAGUUGAUCAGCAACACCCUAUUGCCUACAAAGAAGGAAGUUUUGGUGGAUUUCUUGAUUACAUCUCCGUUAAAUCUCUAUCACAGGGUAAGUACAUUGACACGUUGAAGAAUCCAUGA